UUCCACCUGCUGCCUCGGCACUACCAGUUCCUGCUGGUCGCUGCCUUCCUCAUCCUCUCGCUGGCUGAGGGCUCCCGCCUCUACCUGGGCUACGUGGGGAACCUGCAGGAGAAGGUGCCUGAGCUGGCCGGGUUCCUCCGCCUGCCGCUGGAGAUGGCUGUGCACAGCCUGUCCCUGGCCUUCCUCCUUGGGGAGAUCGCUGCUGCCUUCCUUGCGCUGAAGACCAUGACCAAGCGGCUGGCGGCACAGUUCUACCUGCGGCAGCUGAAGGAGGGCAGCAGGGCACGGACAGGGACGGCUGGGGCAGGGGGGGCAGGCAGCUGA